UCACCAACAUUUAUUUUGUCCCCUUGUUGUACAACAACCUGCUGUCCCUCAUUUCGCGGGUAUGACUUUCGUUUGAAUAGCUUCAUUUUCAUAAUGGCACGCCUUGAGCGGACCGGCCAGUAGUAUUAAUCAACCCGCGACGCGCUUCAUCCAGGGGCAAUGGGCCAUCCCAGUUCCCCCGGUGCUUCCGGAUUUUCAGCCUCAUCGGAUGCCCAAAUAAAAGCUCAAGAGGAUGCUAUUACAUCGGAUUUCACCGAGCAACCCCUUGGAUCAUCAGCUGGACCUGGGCUGGCUGGUGGUAUUCCCCUGACCUCGUCGCCAUUAUCCCCGCAUCCAACGCCUUCACCAACCCCUGCUGCGACAGCACGAUGGCCUCCAUCCGCGCCAGUAACACGCAGCCGUGGUUUCUCCCUCCGGAGAGCUGCGUUUGCGAUGAAUCUAUCUCGAUCUGACCAAGUCCAGCCUGAACCUAUCCCUCAACAGAAGUCAUCUGUUGUUGAGAAGAUCCAAGAGGAGAGCGAGAAUAAGCGAGGCGAUAUCCAGGACGCUAUCCUCUCAUCCAGUGACCAGGAAAGUUCAUUCGAGGGAAAUAACACUAUCGCCGAACCAAAUAUCCAGAGAGCAAGUACAUGGUCUCCCAAGAAGCAAGUUUCCAAGGUCACAUCAACGUUCACUCAGGUGAUCAAGAUUAUCACGAGAACCAAAGACAUCCCACCAAGUAAAGAUGGACGACACAUAGAUCUCAACCCUUCUUCUCAGGACGACCUAAUCGACGAAAGGACAGGCAAACCGCACAUUGGUAACAUAAUAACAUCUAGCCGGUACAACAUCUACAACUUCCUUCCUCGCCAACUGAUCUUUCAGUUCUCGAGAGUGUCGAACUUCUACUUUCUCUGCAUUGCCGUCUUGCAACUCACCGGAUUCAGUACGACGGGAACUUACAGCACUCUUGUACCACUCAUGGCAUUCGUGAGUAUCGCGAUGGCAAAGGAAGGUUUCGAUGACUGGAGAAGGCACGUCCUGGACAGGGUGGAGAACCGGAACACGGUAGAGGUUCUACGUCGAGGGAUCUCCGGGCAUGAAGACGAAUGGUUGGAAGUCAAGUGGGCAGCAGUGAAGGUUGGGGAUAUCGUCAGGCUGAAGAGAGAUGAUGCAGUUCCAGCUGAUUUAGCCGUCAUAUUUUCUGAAGGGCCGAACGGAAUGGCGUACAUCGACACUGCUGCUCUGGAUGGCGAGUCGAAUCUCAAAGCUAAGCAAGCUUCAUCUCUGCUGCGAAAAGUGUGUUGUAAUGAAAGAGAUAUCUCGAUAUGUCAAGCACAUAUCGUUGUGGAAGAUCCGAACAUUGAUCUUUACAACUUUGAUGGCCGCAUCACGAUCGGGAAUGAGACUUUGCCGCUUACGGGGAAUGAGGUGAUCUAUCGUGGAAGUGUGCUGAGAAAUACAACCUGUGCAUAUGGUAUGGUUAUCAACACUGGAGAGGAGUGUAAGAUCAGAAUGAAUGCGAUGAAGAAUCCGAAAGCAAAAGCCCCGUCGAUGCAGAGGAUCGUCAACCAGGUUGUUGUAAUCAUCGCAUCAUUCGUAAUGAUCCUUACAGGGCUCAACAAUGCGGCUUACGGAGUGUGGAAGUCGAAGGAAGAGAACAACGCCACGUACCUGAUGGGAGCUUCCGUUGGUCGAGGGGAACUUUUCGCCAGUUCUUUCGUAAUGUUCAGCACCAUGAUUCCACUUUCCCUGUAUAUCAGUCUAGAAAUCGUCAAGGUCGGACAAAUGUACAUUAUGGGCGACAUCGAGAUGUAUGAUGCCGAGACCGAUACGCCCAUGGAGCCAAGGACGAAUACCAUCAACGAAGAACUAGGCCAGAUCAGUCAUGUGUUUUCGGACAAGACGGGCACGCUCACUGAGAACAUUAUGCGCUUUCGGAAGAUGAGUGUCGCUGGGAUGGCAUGGCUUCAUGAUCUUGAUUUGAAGAAGGAUGAUGGGUUUGAGAAGGUGCAAACGGGAAAGUCGACUGUACCUGACAAGUCUCGUGUCUUUGGACACUCAAAGAAGGUAUCUGACCUUGGGCCCCUGGUCACCUCCGAGACGAGGGAUUCUGGUUUCAGAGGUAGACGGGGUCAACUAUCACCAACAAUUACCAGGACAUCCACAAGCCAGUACGAUAUGCCAUCUAGACGGGAGUCUACGACUGAAGAGCUUGUCGCAUACCUACAGCGCAGAGUGGAUAGCCCGUUUGUCAAGAAAGCCCGAUUCUUCCUUCUCGCGAUCGCGCUCUGCCAUACAGCCCUCCCGGAGACUCAAGAGGAUGGAACGAUCGAUUACCAGACCAUGUCACCCGAUGAACUGGCAUUGGUGAGAGCUGCCAGAGAUCUAGGUUACAUCGUGGCAGACCGACCCUCGCAGUCCAUCACAAUUGUCUCGAAAGAUGGCGACAAGCAGAUUCGUGAGAUUUAUGAGGUAUUGGACGUAGUCGAAUUCAGCAGUAAACGGAAGCGGAUGUCCAUCAUUAUACGUUUCCCAGAUGGAAGAACUUGCCUCUUCUGUAAAGGGGCAGACUCUACCAUUAUUCCUCGGCUAAAGACUGCGACGGGAGCUAUUCAGAAAGAUGCAGAAAUCCGCAAGAGCCUGACCGCGAAGCGGAGAUCAGAGGCACAGGAAGAGCUUCGCCGACAAAGCGAAGAUCAACCCCGCAGCAGUCUCAGUCGCCCGAGCUUCUCUCGUACAAGGAGCCAAGUUGGUCGUCCUUCACUUGUCAGCCGCCGGAGUACUGCGGAUGGGAGAGCUAGUAUCGAGUUCUUUGGACGAGUGCUGCACGACUCGCCCCGGCCAUCGAUGGUGUCGAGACGAUCUUCAACUUUUGCAAACCUCAACAUCGAUCAUUCCGUCGCAUCAGAUGAUUCCGCAACGCUUGUGGCUACUCUUCGCCAUAUCCAUGACUUUGCAACAGAGGGACUUCGGACACUGAUGUAUGGUCAUCGAUUCCUUGGCGAAGAGGAGUACCAAAGCUGGAAAAAACUGUUUCAUGAAGCAUCUACGAGUUUGGUCAAUAGGCAAGAGAUGAUUGAUCAGGCUUCUGAAACCUUGGAGAGGGAUCUUGACUUGACUGGAGCUACGGCGAUCGAAGAUGAGCUUCAGAAGGGCGUGCCAGAAACGAUCGAUAAACUGCGCAGGGCUGGGAUGAAAGUGUGGAUGUUGACUGGUGACAAACGAGAGACCGCUAUCAACAUCGGCCAUUCCUGCAAGCUGAUUACCAGCUAUUCCGAAGUUAUUGUCCUGGAUCACGAGAAGAACAAUGUUGCCGAAGCAAUUGCAUCCGCAUUGCAAGACAUCCACCAAGGCGACGUGGCGCACUCAGUUGUUGUAGUCGAUGGGCAAACAUUGUCCGACAUCGAGACAAAUCCAGCCCUACCCGCCCCAUUCUUCGAGCUCGUCAUUGCAGCCAACUCUGUAAUCUGCUGCCGAGCAAGUCCGACACAGAAAGCGUUCCUCGUCAAGACCAUCCGCACCAAAGUCAAGAAGUCAGUCACGCUGGCUAUCGGCGACAGUGCGAAUGACAUUGCUAUGAUUCAGGAAGCGCAUGUCGGCAUUGGGAUAUCUGGGAAGGAAGGCAUGCAAGCAGCGCGCACAUCUGAUUAUUCGAUUGGCCAGUUUCGCUUCUUGCAGAGAUUAUUACUCGUGCAUGGGCGCUGGAAUUAUGUUCGCACAGGGAAGUACAUCUUAGGGACCUUCUGGUAUGUAUUCCGUAUUUCUACUUUGAUAUUUCUCCGCUAAGAUGCCUUUCAGGAAAGAAAUGAUGUUCUUCCUCACCCAAGCCAUCUACCAAGGCUACAACGGCUUCACAGGCACCUCCCUCUACGAAUACUGGUCCGGCUCUGUAAUCAAUGUCAUCUUCUGCGCGCUCUGCAUCAUCUUCCUGGGGAUGUUCGAGCAAGAUCUACAAGCAUCCACAUUACUUGCCGUUCCAGAGCUUUAUCGUCGCGGACAAGUCAAUGGGGCAUUCAACUUGCGCAAGUACGCGUGGUGGAACUUUAUGGCUGCGACGGACGCGGUGGUGAUUUACUACUUUGUGAAUCUGAGUUAUGGGAUGGCGAAGUUCAAUGAUGUGUUUGUGGACUCGAGCGAUAUUUUUGCGUUUGGGCAGUUGGCGUUUGCGAUUUGCAUCGUGGUUAUCAACACGAAGCUUCUAGUCCUCGAGAUGCACAAUCGCACGAUAAUGUCCUUCAUCGGCUGGUUCUGCGGUAUCGGCGGCUGGUGGCUCUGGAAUCUAAUCAUCAACCAAGUCUACGACCCUGCAACAUCCUUCUACGGCGUCAAGCACGGCUUCGUGGAUCGUUUCGGGAAGAGUAGUCUCUGGUGGUUGACGCUGAUUGUUGGGUCCGCUGCGGUAUUGCUUUGGGAAGUGACAGUUAGCGCUGUGAGGAUUGCGUGGUGGCCGGACGAGGUGGAUGUUUUCCAGGAAUUGGAGAGGGAUCCGGUGUGGGGGAGGAAGUUCGAGGGGAUUGCGAGGGGG